AUGUCGGAUCAACAAGCCUCGCGCUUCACAGCGCAAAACAAAACCACAAACGAGCGACUCUCAACGCACACCGUCGGCCUCGUCGCCCUUUCAGACUUCCGCAAGCGUCGCGCCGAAGUCCUCGAGCAACAGGAGCGCGAAGCCCGCGAGGCUGCGCUCUCAGGCACGUCAAAACCGGACCGCUCGCUGACAGGCACUCCUGACAACGCUGGCAGUGAAUCCGCCAGCAGCGCUGGCCCCGGGCCGCUGAAGAAGAAGCUGAAGAAGAAGAGCAAGCAGAACCCUGGCAAGAAGCUUCUCUCUUUCGGCGACGACGAGGAAGACGACACCGAGAAUGCGAGCGGCGCCGCCUCUGAAACGCCGAGCGACAAAGACGGUCCCCUAAGCGAGAAGAAGAAGGCCAAGCUUAAGGCAAAUGCUGCCGUUGGGCCGGCUCCCAAAGCAGUGACCAAGGCGGCGCUUCUCAAAGAGGCUACAGAGCGAGACGCUCUGCGGCGCGAGUUUGUCGCAUUGCAGGAAGCUAUCAAGGAGACCGAGAUUGCGAUACCGUUUGUGUUCUACGAUGGUGCCAACAUCCCUGGCGGGACCGUCCGCAUGAAAAAGGGCGAUUUUAUAUGGGUGUUUUUGGACAAGAGCCGCAAGGUUGGCGCGGAGCUUGGUGUUGGAGAGCAGGCAAAUGCACAAAGAGCUUGGGCAAGAGUUGGGGUGGACGAUUUGAUGCUGGUGCGAGGGACGGUUAUUAUUCCUCAUCAUUAUGACUUUUAUUACUUCGUCGUCAACAAGAGCACCGGUCCUCGAGGUCUUCGCCUCUUCGAUUACAGCGCCGAAGCACCGAUUGCGAAAGCUUCAGCUUCAACGGAUACAGACCCCGACCCCUCAUCCGGCGUCCUGAUGACGGCGGCGGCCAAGGCGGCAGCUGCUAGGGCGCGACAGCCAGAUAUCUCCACGUUGGAAGGUUUCGGCGAAGACCCGACUUUGACAAAGGUGGUGGAUCGUAGGUGGUAUGAGCGACACAAGCACAUAUAUCCGGCCAGCACGUGGCAAGAAUUUGACCCCGAGGUGGAUUAUUCGUCGCAGAUCCGCAAGGAUACCGGUGGAAACACAUUUUUCUUCUCAAAAUGA